UUGAUAAAUCCCCUCAUCAAGUGGAACGCUCAGUUCAACCUCGAACUCAAGGCUAGUGAGGAAGAAUUCAAAUCAUAAUCUCCACUAAACCUCAAAAAUGAGAGGGAAAAUGUUUACGUAUCUUGUCGUGGCCUUCCUAGUGGUAUUCUUCGAUGAAGCAGUCACUAAAACCUUAACAGAUAGUGAUAUUGAGAAGGAUCUAGCAAAUAUUUUGAACCCAGAUGACACACCUGAAACAGAUCGCCAGGGAAGAUCAGGUGAAGAUGAUAAAUUGUUAGAAAAGCUGAUUGAGGAAACGCCUCAGAGUGUGAGUCGAGAUGAUAAGCAAAGGUCAAAUGUUUUCCUGACUGCUGAGGAGAAAAGGCAAAAAAUAAGACGAAUUCUGAAAAAGCUUACGGAAGAUGCCCAAGAUCGAUUCAGCGACCCCCUACACCACCAGAGACGAAUCAGUAACCUCAGGGGACAUUUCAGCGAUGUACCAGAAAUUCUCACCGAAAGCGGUCCGGGAAGUCCACCAGGGUACAACGUCAUCAAACCAGGAACUCCCGAGGGGCCUAGUAACGACAACCCUUUGAACCAAGAUGGACUGAGCUCUGAUGAGAUCUACAACAACGGCGCAGUGUACAAUGUACCAGACAAGAUUCCGGCGCCACCCAAACCAGCCGAUGACGUCCCAGUCUUUCGAAAGGAUGAGUCUUUAUUAAAGGAGAAGAGAGAAAUAUACGAAUGGAUAAAGACCCUCCACAAGCGAGGGGAGCACAUGCCUAGCGCAGUUGCACGCCUGAUAAGAGACGCGAUAAAGCGCAAAAGCCAGGCCUAAUGUAAAGCGUGGCUAGGCGACAGUAAAUGGUAAAUUCAUCCAUGUUUCUAUGUAUCAUCAAGUAGAGAUGAUGACUGUAGUGUUGUUGUCUAAUGUUUAACUGAUUUUGUAAUUAUACAUAGUACUCGCGUUUCUCUAAACGUUUUCUGUCCGUUUUUACUUUGUUAAGCUAUACAGUAAACCAAAAUCCCACAGUC